AUGACACAGAGCCUGUCGGGCCCGCGCACUCUUGGCAAAGUUUCAGUGCGACGAGAGGCGCCGGGCGCUCCAUGGCCACGCCGUAACGGGGACCCAGCCGCCUCCCCGCCCAGCCCAGCCCAGCCCUUCCGCCCGCCCAGGAUGGAGGCGCCCGCCAGCGCGCAGACCCCGCACCCGCACGAGCCCAUCAGCUUCGGCAUCGACCAGAUCCUCAACAGCCCGGACCAGGACAGCGCACCAGCCCCGCGGGGCCCCGACGGCGCCAACUACCUGGGAGGGCCCCCCGGGGGCCGUCCGGGCGCCACAUACCCGUCUCUGCCCACCUCCUUUGCCGGCCUCGGCGCGCCCUUCGAGGACGCGGGAUCUUACAGUGUCAACCUGAGCCUGGCGCCCGCCGGCGUGAUCCGAGUGCCAGCGCACAGGCCGCUGCCCGGGGCCGUGCCGCCGCCUCUGCCUAGCGCGCUGCCUGCCAUGCCCUCCGUGCCCACGGUUUCCAGCCUGGGCGGCCUCAAUUUCCCCUGGAUGGAGAGCAGCCGCCGCUUCGUAAAAGACCGUUUCACAGCGGCGGCGGCGCUCACGCCCUUCACCGUGACCCGGCGCAUCGGCCACCCUUACCAGAACAGGACGCCGCCCAAGCGUAAGAAGCCGCGCACGUCCUUUUCUCGGGUGCAGAUCUGCGAGCUGGAAAAGCGCUUCCACCGCCAGAAGUAUCUGGCCUCGGCCGAGAGGGCGGCGCUCGCUAAGUCCCUCAAAAUGACGGACGCGCAGGUCAAGACCUGGUUCCAAAACCGGAGGACCAAGUGGCGGCGGCAGACGGCGGAGGAGCGGGAGGCGGAGCGGCAGCAGGCGAGUCGGCUCAUGCUGCAGCUGCAACACGACGCCUUCCAAAAGAGCCUCAACGACUCUAUCCAACCCGACCCGCUCUGUCUGCACAACUCUUCGCUCUUUGCUCUGCAGAAUCUGCAGCCCUGGGAGGAGGAUAGCUCCAAGGUCCCCGCCGUCACCUCUCUGGUGUGA